AAAAUAAUUUAUUCCUACGGCAACACUUUGUGUAUCUGUCAUAUUAAAUGUCAAAUCAGUAAACAAGGAAGAAAUUCUCGGAUGUUUGUUUUUUAACGGAAUCUUAUGUGAAAUUGUAAUAAAAUAACGUUUUUAUACUGAGUAAGAAGUUUAUUAUAGUUAUAUUCCAUGACUCUUGGACGUAAAUACCAGCAAUCUUCCGGGAAUGCUGGGGAGGCUCGUAAGGUGUAUUCUAACCAGUCGAAGGUCGGGACUCUAUCGGGUUGCUCGUCUUCUCUAUCACUGUGCGACAUGAUUGAGCCACCGGACUACGAGGAGGUGUGUGACCGGCUGAUGGGCGAGCGGGACCCUCUCGCUUACCCUGCCGUGGACAUGGAACUGUGUAACGUGCCGCGUCGCAUCAGGACCCUGACACACGUGCUGCCUGAUGAGGAUCUUGCAAAAGCUCCGAUGUUCGUGCGCGACUGUAUCCGCACUUACACUACGGACUAUACGGUAGUUGAGUACAAGCACCGGCAGCACUCGGGCAGUAUGUGCGGGCGCGAGCGGCUGGCCGAGCGGCUGGAGCGGCUGCACGCGGCGCCGCGACACCAGUACGAGGUGGACGCCGAGCUGUCCACCUCCACCGAGGAGCUGGCGCCGCAACAGUCGGAAUCUCAGCCAUCAAGCGGUCGUCAGUCAGUAGCGUCCAUGUCGUCCUCAUCAUCUUGCAACGAGACCCUCACUCCUCGCGGCUCCUGGGCGAGCCUGGACCUCCGGAGCUCGUCCUCCGACCCUCUGCUGCCAGACCUCUUCGAAAGGAAGCCGCCUGAUCAGAUGGAUGCUGUUAAUGAAGCUAGAAGACUGGAAAACCGUCAAGCUGAUCUCCUGGGCCUGUACACUCCGUACCUGGACGAGGAGGAGGCGGUGGAGCGGCGGCUGGCGGCCGAAAUGCCCUGCGAGGUCAUGGGGCACAGGAUCCUCGUCGUCUGCCACCAGCUCAAGCUAGAACUCGACGUGGAACCGCUCUUCGCCUCCAUGGCAUUAUACGACGCUAAAGAGAAGAAGAAAGUGUCAGAGAACUUCUACUUCAACCUAAACUCUGAAGCGACACGACAGAUGCUGGCCCCGCACGUGCCUCACGCUGACCUGUCCACGUUCAGCCGGAGUGCCGUGUUCGAUAUACUGAACCCAUCACCUGAUCUGUUCCUGGUGGUCAGGGUUGAGAAGGUCUUACAGGGAGAUGUGAACGAGUGUGUCGAACCGUAUAUCAAGGAUGAUAAGAACCGCGAGAAGGUCCGCGCGGGCGCGCUGGCGGCGUGCGCUCGCCUGGGCAAGUACCGCAUGCCGCUGGCCUGGAGCGCCGUGGCCCUGCUCAACGUGCUCAGCGGGACCAACAGCCUCGAGCGCGAGCACGACGCGCCCGCGCAACACAACACCAACAGUCUGGACCGCAAGGCGUCGUCCAGCAGCCUGGAGCAGCUGCGGCGGCGCGCGGGCGAGGUGGGCGGCUCGCUGUCGCGCAAGGGCAGCGUGGAGCGGCGCGCGCCGCCGCCGCCGCGGGACGACCUGCCGCACCAGCUCGACACCUUCAAGCCCAUCGUCAUCACUGUCACUAGCUUCUUUAAACAGGAAACAGACAAACUCCGUGAUGAAGACUUAUACAAGUUCCUAGCAGAGAUCAAGAGGCCUAGUUCAGCUCCUAAGAAGCUGAAAUGUAUCCCCGGUACUCUGAAGAUAGAAGUAUCGCCGUGUCCGGACGAAAUCAAGAACGGACUGACACCCGAGCUGGCCAAAUUACAUCCUUAUGGAGAUGACAACGUGCGUCCGUGCAAGGAGAUCUUACCGUUCCCGAGCGUGUCGCCGGCCGUCCCUCACUACCAGUACCGGAACCUGCUGUACGUGUCCGUGCGGGAACUCAACCUCAACGCCUACACCUCAAGGACAGGCUCCGCCAGGAACAUAACCGUCCGAAUACAGCUGAUGUCUGGUGAGAACCAGGAGGCGGCGUUGCCAGCUAUCUUCGGGCGCAGUUCCUGCCCCGAGUUCACGAACGAGGCUUACACUACUGUACUGUACCACAAUAAGAACCCCUCUCUCUACGACGAGAUAAAGCUGAAGCUACCAGCAGACCUGGGCGACCAGCACCACCUGUUCUUCACGUUCCUGCACGUGUCCUGCCAGAGGAAGCCCGUCGCGCCCGACCAGGAGAAGAACCUCGAGACGCCUGUUGGAUACUCGUGGCUCCCGCUGUGCCGCAACGGCAAGCUGACGUGCGGCGAGUUCAGCCUGGGCGUGAUGCAGGAGGAGCCGCCCGCCAACUACUCGUACAUCUUCCCCGACGUGCAGCUGCCCGGCACGCGCUGGAUCGACAACCACAAGCCCAUCUUCAGCAUCGUGCUGGACGCCCACACCACUGUGCACCCGCUGGACGGUUACAUAGAGCGGUUCGCGAUGGCGUGUGAGGCUGUGCAAGAAGGCAACAUCCCGCCGCGGAUCGGGCUCGCCAACAUGGAGGCCGAGUUACGGGCUAGCAUCUCGGAGCUGCCGACGGCCAGCGUGGAGACGGUGUCCCGCUACCUGCCCGUGCUGCUGGACAAGCUGCUGCGGCUGCUGCUGGCGCCGCCCGCGCUGGCCGGACACACGCUCAACAUCGCGCAGGACGUCUUCACCUGCCUCGCACAUCUCUUCACUGACAUCUCCAACAUGAACGAAGGCUCGACGUGCGACAACCACGGUCGCAGCAGCCUCAUCAGCACGUACAUCCAGUACCAGUGCACCAUCCCGCGACCCUCGCUCACCGACAGGGACAUCGGCCUGCCGCUGCCGCCUGCCGUGAUGACGGACGGGUCGUGUAAGAUCCUGCACGAGGAGCUGGCGCUGCAGUGGGUGGUGGCCAGCGGCGCCACCAGGGACCUCGCCAUGCAGAACUCCUGGGCUCUGUUCGAGCUGAUGGUGAAGUCGAUGGUGGAGUACCUGUACUGGUCCGGCGCGGCCGAGGCCCGGCGCAAGGCGCGCUUCCCCGACCAGUUCACUGAUGACCUCACCACGCUUGUCAAUAACGUCACUACAGAGAUCAUCUCCAGAUACGGCAAAGAUAGCCGCUUAACCCAGAGCCUGAACAACAGCCUGGCGUUCUUCCUGUUCGAGCUGCUGAGCAUUAUGGACCGCGGCUACGUGUUCAACCUCAUCCGCACCUACUACAAGCAGAUGUGCGCUAAGAUCGCGUCGUUACCUGAUGCUGUACCGCUCGUUCAUUAUAAGCUGGCGUUCCUCCGCAUCAUCUGCUCGCACGAGCACUACGUGUCGCUGAACCUGCCGCUGGCGGCGGGCGGCGCGGCGGGCGGCGUGUCCCCCGCCGCCUCGUGGCAGUCGCUGGGCUCGCAGUCCAGCGCGCCGCCCCGACACGCGCUCGGACACGAGUUCCGCUCCCGCCACUACCUGGCCGGCCUGCUGCUCACUGAGCUCACUAACGCCUUGGAACUGCAAAGCCCGGUCCUGCAGAUGGCGGCGGUGAACGGCGUCCUGUCGCUGCUGACGGCGCACGACGCGGACCCGCGCCUGGCGGCCGAGGAGCGGGCGCGCGUGGCGGCGCUGUACCUGCCGCUGCUGGGCAUCGUCAUGGACGCGCAGCCGCAGCUCUACAGGGGGUUUGCCACCAACAAGGAAAUACUUCAACUUGACAGUGACAUGGGACAGUUCAAUAAUCUAUACACCGCGUCAUCACCAGAAGGUGAAUUCAAGCAGAACGGUCGUCCUCCGUUCAACAGCGAGACGAGCCGCAACCUGCUGAUGUGCCUGGUGUGGGUGCUGAAGUGGGCGGAGCGGGGCGCGCUCACGGCCUGCGUGGCCGAGCUGGCCCCGGCCCGUCUGCACGCCCUGCUGGCGCUCAUCGACCUGUGCUUCAAGUGCCAGGAGUACAAGGGACGCAAGGAGAUAAUGAAAUGCGCGCAUCAAAACGUGCGCAAGACAACCGACAUUAAGGCUAAGUUAGAAGAUGUGAUCCUCGGACAGGGCUCCGCGCGCAACGACUUCAUCAUGAGGCGGAAAGGUGGUGGUUCGAGCGUAGGUGCGUGCCGGCGGGAGAGGUGGCGCAAGGACUGGGCGCGGGGCGGCGCGCGGGGCGGGGCCGAGCAGCCGCCCGCCCCCAGCCCGCACCUGGCCGCCGCCCUCGCGGCUGAGGUGGCGCUCACGCUGCUGCACGCGCUAGAUACCAUCGUGCAGUCAUGUAGCAACUUAGAAUGCGGGCAAAGUGUGUGUAGCGCGGCGUUACAAGUCGUGUUGCGAGCUCUGCAGCGCAACCAGAGCGUCGUUGUGUUGCAACACAUGUUCGCGACUGUGCGCGCUCUCAUCGUCAAGCUGGGCUGGUCGUGCUGCGGCGAGGAGUCGGGCAUCUGCCGCGUGCUGCUGCGGCACUGCGCCGCGCUGUCCGCGCCCACGCGCUCGCACGCCUCCGCCACGCUGUACGCGCUCAUGCGCCAACACUACCAGCUCGGGAACAACUUCAGCCGCGUGAAGAUGCAAGUGACCAUGUCGCUAUCCUCGCUGGUGGGCACGUCCACGACCUUCAGCGAGGAGUCGCUGCGGCGCGCGCUCAAGACCAUCCUCAUGUACGCCGAGCACGACACCGACCUCGCCGACACCACCUUCCCUGAACAGGUCAAAGAUCUGGUUUUCAACCUGCACAUGAUCCUGUCGGACACGGUGAAGAUGAAGGAGUUCCAGGAGGACCCCGAGAUGCUGCUGGACCUGAUGCACCGCAUUGCGCGAGGGUACCAGCACAGCCCCGAUCUGAGGCUGACGUGGCUGAAUAAUAUGGCGCAGAAGCAUAUGGAGCGUUCGAACCACACGGAGGCGGGCAUGUGCCUGGUGCAUGGCGCGGCGCUGGUGGCGGAGCAGACGGGCGCGGGCGGGCGCGGCGCCGCCCUGCUGCAGCGGGUCACACACAACGCGCUCGACGAGAGCUGCGCCGACGCGCUGCACCACCACCUCACGCACCAGGAGCUGCAGGCCCUGCUGGAGCACGCGGCCAGCGAGCUGAUGACGGCCGGCAUGUACGAGACGGUGAACGAGGUGUACAAGGUGCUCAUACCCAUCGCCGAGGAACACCGGGACUACAAGAAACUCGCCAACAUACACAGCAAGCUGAACGAAGCCUUCACCCGCAUCGAGCAGCUGCACGGCAAGCGCGUGUUCGGCACGUACUUCCGCGUGUCGUUCUACGGCGCGCGCUUCGGGGACCUCGACGGCGAGGAGUUCAUCUACAAGGAGCACGCGCUCACCAAGCUGCCCGAGAUCUUCAGCAGGCUCGAGAACUUCUACGGCGCCCGUUUCGGCGUGGACAACGUGGUGAUCAUAAAGGACUCGAACAUCGUGGACCUGAGCACGCUGGACGCGGACAAGGCCUACAUACAGAUCACGUACGUGGAGCCCUACUUCGAGCCGCACGAGCUGCGCAAGCGCGUCACGCAGUACGAGAAGAACUAUAACAUCAAGCGCUUCAUGUACGCGACCCCGUUCACGCUGGGCGGGCGCGCUCACGGCGACAUCGCCGAGCAGUGCAAGAGGAAGACCAUCCUCACCGCCGCACACCACUUCCCCUACGUCAAGACACGGAUACAGGUGGUACAGCGAACGCAAAUUAUUUUAUCGCCCAUUGAAGUAGCCAUAGAAGAUAUACAGAAAAAGAUCAACGAGCUAGCGGCGGCGACGAGCCAGGAGCCGGCCGACCCCAAGAUGCUGCAGAUGGUGGUCCAGGGCUGCAUCGGGACCACCGUCAACCAGGGGCCGCUCGAACUGGCGCAGGUGUUCCUUGCUCCGGUAGCUGAAGGCACUCAGCCUCCGACACGGCUCACAAACAAACUGCGACUCGCCUUCAAAGACUUCUCUAAGAAAUGCCACGACGCGCUGAAGAAGAACAAGAACCUGAUCGGCAGCGACCAGCGCGAGUACCAGCGCGAGCUCGAGCGGAACUUCCAGAGGUUCACCGAGAGACUGGCGCCGCUCAUACAGGCCACGCCCGGGCAUGUCGCGCAACUCAGCAAUGGGCUGAGCAAGCACGACUACAAGUAUCAAGCUUAAACGAACAAACAGUAAUGUAUAAAAUGGAUAUGACUAGAAUUAGUUAUUCAAAACUUCGGCACAACCAAAUUAUAGUAAGCUACUUAUAAUAAUUUCUAUUUGUCGUAAUCUUUACGUAACCACCGUCGAUGUACCUAAUACAUAUUAUUAUGUACUCUUUAUUUACAUUGUAUUAAAUUCUUCACAUUUCUGUGUUAUAAACAUUAUUUAUAGAUGUAAUGAGUACGCACAUUUAUUGGUGUGAGAAUGUAUUGAGUGAAUGUAUAGUAUUUGGUGUGUUAUUUUCAAACAGUACUGGUAUACUAGAUUACCACACUGUAGGGCAAUAGUAAUUACAAGAUUAUCAUCUACCAAUUUACAACAGACUGUUGAACGAAUGUCUUAGCUUGUUAAAAGGCGAAAAAGAAGAACAAUAAACAAUGCUUGGACAUUUUUUUACAAAAAUAUUGUGUGUUUAAAACGGUCAGAUAUAAUUCGACUCAACAGACUACUAUAGACUUCAUAGAGUUAAUUUAUUUCUUAUCAACAAUUUAGCUUUUUCUUUUACCGAUAAGGAAUUAUUAAAUGUGAAGUGCUACAGAUAUACCUAUGGUACCUACUUUUAUUUAUAAAACGUUUUUAUACUCGUUACUCGUUCCUACUUCUGGGAGAUUUUUUCAUAUUUAAAUCCACUUUGGUUUACACUUCACAUCUAACAUUGGGCCGAUUUUUCAAUCAUCAGUUAACUUUUAUCUGAGGAAUAAAUAUGGCCGUUUGACUUACAAAAGCUGUCAAAAUUUCAAACAUAUAAGUCGAAUAAUAGUUAUCUGGCGAUUGAAAAAUUGGCCCUGUGUUAAAUAUUUCUAGUCCGAGAAUAGACGAAGUUAGAGGAUACAAGGUUUUAGGGCGUAUUCACUCACUAGCGAGAGAAGCUAGUGUGAACGCACCUUAAGGAUAGCAAGGUUGACAUGAUAGUGACUACCUCUCGUAGGUAAGAAUAGGGACCACCGCAAGUAAGACUGUAUGUAUUAUUUUGCAAUACAUUAUAAUAGUACCAUAUUUAUAAUUGAACCGCGGAAGUGUUCUUGAAUACCGCAAAAGCUGCUAUUGGAGUUUAUAUCUUGGCGAUGUUGCGGAAUUCAUCCAUCGAGCGAUAUCUCUCUUUGCGCUUAGUUUAAAGAGUUUAAAAGUCAUUGCUAUUUACUGUGCAGACGUUACGAAUGAUGUGAAAGUGGUACUGUUAUAAAGUGACUGAUUGUAUGGUGUGUUUCGUUUUAACAUGUUUGCAAUACUUUUUUACUUUCUCAGUAUUUUAAUUUUAUGGGAAUUACCUGUUACUAUAUGAUCUUGAUGUGGUGUGUAUCUUACUUGUUUACUAGUUCCAAAUAUUGUACUAAAGUAUAGAAUAUAUAGUUAUAAGAAUAAUCUAAAAUUAUAAUUAUGUAUUUUAGUGGUUGAGUGGAGCGAUGGAAAAUGGAUGUGUUACAGGAACAUUCGGAUCCUUAGAGCUGUUUGAAUAGAAUCUCUGUUAGUUUCUCAUUAAAUCUCAAUCGUAUUUCCACAACCACGUUAUCAUAAGACUAUGACUCAUAUAUUUAUAAAUUAAAACUCAAUAUUUACUUAAUAAAAAUGUAUUUUAUUUUCUAUUAAUAAUAUCCUAACAUCGAGGAAGGCUUGCACAUCGUCCAACAUAUAUAGAACUGUAUCAUCUCUGUACAUCCUGCAUUAUACGUAUAUUCAUGUUUAAACCGUAAAAACUAUUUUACGUUUUAAGCAUGUAUGAGCAAAAUGUUGUUCGUUGCGCAAGUCAUCUGUUCUCCACGCCACGCCUAAUAUACGAAAUGUGUGAAUCUUAUAAAAUACACAAUGACGAGACAUAACUGGAUACGACAUUUACAUCAAAUGUAAAUAGAAUAAUACAAUAUGGAGUUUGUAAAUUAAUAAUAGUAAUACAGACUUCCACAAUGACUGAUUGUUUAAAGAGAUUUGUUAAACUGUUACUGUUGUGUUAAAAGAGAAAUCUCUUGUAUCACGACAGUGAGUUGCUGAAUCCGCUUCAAACAAUCACCCUGAAAUACUAAAAUCUUGACAAUAAUGACGAAAUAUGUAGAACACUUAUG